AUACGAAGUUAAAAGAAACUUUACUGGAUAAGUUAUUUGCUUAGUUACAUGACGUACAAAUUUUGCAAGGAAUAAAGUUUCUACAUUGACAAUUCUAAACUUUUUCCUCUUGAGUAAAACCACAGCUGACCAUAAAGAUGGCUGGGUUACCCGCUCUUAACGAGGACCAAAUGAAGUUGGUCCAAGACCUGGAAAUUGAAAUGAUGUCUGACAUGUACACAAGAAUGACAAACUCCUGCCAUAAAAAGUGUAUACCAACAAAAUAUAAAGAUUCUGAAGUUGGGAAAGGAGAGGCUGUAUGUAUUGACAGGUGUGUAGCCAAGUACUGGGAAAUUCAUGAACGUGUGGGAAAGAAACUUCAGAAAAUGUCGACUCAAGAUGAAGAGGCAUUGAAGAAACUAGCAGCAGAGCAAGGACUUGUUAAAUAGUCCUUGUUAACUGUCAGGGUGACUGAAAAUUACUCUAAUCUCAGUAAGAAGGGAUUACUGUACACACAUUCAACAAUACUGAUGUAAAUAUUUCCUAAGUACAGUACUUUUGAACUUAGAACAAAUUAUUCCAAAAAUGUUAUUUUUAAUUAAAAUAAAAUACAAAACUGUAGUUUGGCCAUAUAUUUUGCAAUUUCAGUACUCCCAUUUUGCUCCCAUUUCAGUACUCACCUCUUGUCUUAUUGACAUCUUGUUCAAAUUUUGCCCUCAUUAAUACUUGGGUUAUGUUUUAAGUGUGUAUAAAUGUUUAAGCUUUCAGUUCACUUAUCAGAUAUCAUAUUUGUUUAUGUACAGUUUUUAUAGGACUGCAGCAUAGAAACUAGACCAUGCGUAAAGACGGUGCUGAUCGUUAUUGUCUGGAAGUACAUACUACUGUUCAAAAUUUAGAAAAAAGUAAACUACAAGUAUUUAUA